GUGAAGGGGGUGGGAAGAAGGAGGGGAGACGGUUGUAAGGCUCGUGCUUGUGCCGGAUCCUGGGCUGCCUGGGGGGCGCGGAGACUCAGGGGGAGGAGACGGCAGCGGCAUGGCGGCCGGGUGUAAGACUCCCAGCCCUCCUCUUCCCCCCUGUCGCCGUCGCCGCCACUGGGGUCUCUGGGACCCUCUAGUCUGCGUGUGUUAGUUGUAAGCCCGGCGCCCGUUUGUCAACCCUCUGCUCCACCGGCCCUCCUUCCUUUUACCGCCACUGCCAGCCCGAGGGUCGAGCCGGCGGGAUAACAUCUUCCCACCCCACCCACCAGCCUGCGGGCCGGGACCAUGGAGGACGUGAAGCUGGAGUUCCCUUCCCUUCCACAGUGCAAAGAAGACGCUGAGGAGUGGACCUACCCUAUGAGACGAGAGAUGCAGGAAAUUUUACCUGGAUUGUUCUUAGGCCCAUAUUCUUCUGCUAUGAAAAGCAAGCUACCUAUAUUACAGAAACAUGGAAUAACUCAUAUAAUAUGCAUACGACAAAAUAUUGAAGCAAACUUUAUUAAACCAAACUUUCAACCAUUAUUUAGAUAUUUAGUCUUGGAUAUUGCAGAUAAUCCAGUUGAAAAUAUAAUACGUUUUUUCCCUAUGAGUAAAGAAUUUAUUGAUGAGAGCUUACAAACUGGAGGAAAAGUUCUUGUGCAUGGAAAUGCAGGGAUAUCCAGAAGUGCUGCGUUUGUUAUUGCAUACAUUAUGGAAACAUUUGGAAUGAAAUAUAGAGAGGCAUUUGCUUAUGUUCAAGAAAGAAGAUUUUGUAUUAAUCCUAAUAUCGGAUUUGUCCAUCAACUUCAGGAAUAUGAAGCCAUCUACCUAGCAAAAUUAACAAUACAGAUGAUGUCAUCACCACUCCAGAUAGAAAGGUCUUUAUCUGUUCAUUCUGGAACCACAGGCAGUUUGAAGAGAACACAUGAAGAAGAUGAUGAUUUUGGAAAUAUGCAAGUGGCAACUGCGCAAAACGGCUGACUGAAGAGCAAAAUUACAGGAUGUGAAUUUCUAUUUGGGAAGGAGAAAAUACUAGAGAGAAUGAUAAUGUAAAAUGGUAAAAACAAGUAGUUUCUUUUCAAUUAUAUGUUGCUUCCAGACAUGUUUCUCUGCAACUUGUUAAGCAACAUUUUAAGAUGUUGGACUUCUGCAAUAGAUGGCACUGAUGGUUUUACUUCUUUUUCUUUUUUUAAAAAAACACUUUACAAGUUUUAUUAUAAACCAAGAAUUUUGGACUUGCAAAGAGGUAUUAUUGCAAUAAUGCACUUUUCAUACUUGAAAUUUAUUUGUAUGAUAUAAAGUUAUUACUUUAAACAAAAUGCAAGUUAGGGGGGAUUUGUUUAUAAAGUUUGGGUAAUUUAUAACAAGAAUUUCCUAAGGUUUGCUAAAAAUUCAUUUUUAGUUCUAUAACAUUUUAAAAAUAAUUUUACAGUUCAGUUUUAUGAUGGAGCCUCUUACAGAAACAUUAACAAAAUGCAGGAAUCUGCCACAUUUCAUUUUUAGUAUAUAAGUCAGUAGCUUAAUUAUUUUGUUUAAACUUCUUGACCCCUUAAUGAUCUUUAAAUCAUGACACUACUCAACUAUUUCUACUUUGACAUGGUCUAAUUACUGCUUCCUGUUACCUUCAUAAUUUGUUUAUUCUAUAGAAAAAGCCACCAAGUUUUAAUGAUAAAAGGAAUGUGUUCUGCUUUAAAAAGUGCUUAAAAACAAGAAUAGUGUUAGAUUUUCAAGUGACUUUCCUUUUUGUUUUUUUUUUUUGUGGUAACAGCCAAAUUUUGUAUUUGUUCUUUUCAGUGUUGAGCAGCUCUUUUUUCUUGUGUCCAAAAUGGUUCUAAAUAGAAUAUAAUAAACCAAUGUAGCACUAAUUUUUUUCUAAAUGAAGCCCAAAAAAGAAAAGUGCCUUGCAUCAUUAAAUAAAAAUAAUCAAAUCCUCAUGACUUCUAAAUUAAUAUGUAGAACAGUGAAAAGAUCUUAAUAUUUUUCUGUAAUUUCUUUUUAAACCAUAAACUAGUAACUCAAAGUAUGAGGCUUGAGGAGACUUUAGUAAAUUAUUUGGAAUAUGGGACACAUUUACUCCAUUUUUUGUUGUCUUUAUGAUUCUGUGAGAUUGUUCAGCUCAGAAGCUUUUCUUUGAACACGCAUUUAUUGGGGAAAGCGAUUGUUGGGAGACUCUAGUGUACUUUCAGUUAGCAUUUUAAUCAGUUCCUUACAUUCAGUUAAUCCAAACUUCCCCCAUAAUUUUCUUUAGCGAAGUCACUUUAUGGAUCUUUGGUUCUCCAUGUUUUUAUUUAUAUGUAUAAAAAUUGUUCUAAGAGAAACAUUUUUGCUAUUUUAAGUAAGAUGUGAGGGAAGAGAAGAGUGUUUUAAACUUUUUAUAGUUGAUGACUUUAGGUUAGCACAAAUAAAACUCCUUUGUAUCUCACUUUUCUCAGUCCUCUCUUGAGGUGCUUUUCUGAUGGGAAUGAUUUCUACACAUUCCCUUGGUCACCCAGAGGCACUAUGUGAAGUAACCUAUUACACCAAGUUACUUGCUUUGCUUUCCUCCCUAUGAUGUAAUAAUAUAGUAAAAGCUUUUUUAUCCAACAUAGUGGGAGAGUGAAAAUUAAAAUUGCUGUUAAUUAAGAGUUAA